UGAUAGUUGAGCACGGUUGAAUAAGGUUGUGAGUUAAAUAAAUCGGUUGUAUAAAGCGCGCAAAAAAACCUGAAUGUUUGAAAAAGCCAUUAAAAUGACAACAAAAACAUAUCAUUUGGGUUCAUUGAAAAUUUUGAAUAAUGGCCCUCUGCGAAAUGUCAUAUUGGCAGAAGUGAAACCUAAUCGAGCACAGCAAAGCCAUCAAUGGCGUUAUCGCUCAUCUUCUGCAGCCACAUUGGCGACAAGUGGCGACGAGGCAAAAAAUGACUUUGAAGGCGAUGCAAAACCUUUUGAAACAAUUCCCACCAUGGGCGCUUUGAAUUUUCUGCGUCAUUUUCUGCCAGGUGGAAAGUAUGCCAAAUUGGAUACUUCUCAAAUGAUGUUGGCCUUUAAGGAGGAUAUGGGACCCAUAGCUCGCAUGAAGGGUGCCCUGGGACGACCAGACAUUGUAAUGACCCAUAAUCCACAUGAUUUUGAAAGAACUUUACGCAAUGAGGGCAUUUGGCCUGUACGACCCGGAUCGGAGAGUCUUUACUAUCAUCGCAGUGUACAUAGGCCGGACAUAUUUCAGGGUGUAGAAGGUCUAUUGGGAACGCAAGGAGAAAAAUGGGGCACUUUCCGUUCAACUGUCAAUCCGGUACUCAUGCAACCCAAGAAUGUUCAUUUAUACUUAAAGAAGAUGUCGCAGGUCAAUAAGGAAUUCAUGGAGAGAAUUCGUCAAAUACGUGAUCCUCUAUCCCUGGAAGUUCCCGACAACUUUGAAGAGGAAAUAAAUCGCUGGACCUUAGAGUCGGUUUCUGUGGUUGCCCUCGAUAAACAACUUGGAUUGAUAACCACAAACCGUGAUGAUCCCAUAGCAAAGAAAAUGUUUAAGGGGUUAACCGAUUUCUUUACUUAUUCGCUGGAAAUUGAAUUCAAACCUUCGAUAUGGAAAGUCUAUAAGACACCAACAUUCAAGAAACUAAUGAAGACUUUAGAUGAUAUCACAGAUAUAACCAAAACUUUUGUGGAUGAGGCCAUUGCCCGUUUGGAGGAAGAAAGGCGGAAUGGUGUGCCGGAGAAACCAGAUAAUGAGAAAAGCGUUUUGGAGAAGUUAAUUAGAAUCGAUAAAAAAAUAGCUAUGGUCAUGGCCAUGGAUAUGUUGAUGGCGGGCGCAGAUACGACCUCCACCACAUUUACCGGUCUCCUUUUGUGUCUGGCCAAAAAUCCUGACAAACAAGCCAAGUUGCGUCAAGAAGUCCUUCAGCUAUUGCCACAAAAAGAUUCCGAGUUUAAUGAAACAGUAUUUAAAAAUAUGCCCUAUCUGAGGGCCUGUAUCAAGGAGGCUCUACGCAUCUACCCCUUGGCUGUGGGUAAUGGUCGUGUCUUAGAUAACGAUACAGUGCUUAGUGGUUACCAUGUACCCAAAGGUACUCAAGUGUCAAUGAUUUCAACUUCACUGCUUAGUGAUGACACACAUUAUCCACGAGCAAGUGAGUACUUACCCGAACGUUGGCUAAGACCCUCAAAGGAAGCUGAAAGUUCCAGUGAAUGCCCUCAUGCCUUGAAGGCCAGCAGUCCUUUUAUAUAUUUGCCCUUUGGCUUCGGAUCACGCAGUUGUAUUGGCCGUCGUAUUGUGGAAAUGGAAUUGGAGUUGGGCAUUGCUAGGCUCAUACGCAACUUCCAGGUGGAAUUUAAUCAUCCCACUGAGAAUGCAUUUAAAAGUCUGUUGAUUAAUGUGCCCAAUAUUCCAUUGAAAUUUAAAUUUACUGACAUAGAAAAUUGAAAAAAAAAUUGAGUAAAGUAAAUUAUGACAAGAAAUGA